GGGGGGGGGGGGGGGGGGGGGGGGGGGGGGGGGGGGGGGGGGGGGGGGGGGGGGGGGGGGGGGGGGGGGGGGGGGGGGGGGGGGGGGGGGGGGGGGGGGGGGGGGGGGGGGGGGGGGGGGGGGGGGGGGGGGGGGGGGGGGGGGGGGGGGGGGGGGGGGGGGGGGGGGGGGGGGGGGGGGGGGGGGGGGGGGGGGGGGGGGGGGGGGGGGGGGGGGGGGGGGGGGGGGGGGGGGGGGGGGGGGGGGGGGGGGGGGGGGGGGGGGGGGGGGGGGGGGGGGGGGGGGGGGGGGGGGGGGGGGGGGGGGGGGGGGGGGGGGGGGGGGGGGGGGGGGGGGGGGGGGGGGGGGGGGGGGGGGGGGGGGGGGGGGGGGGGGGGGGGGGGGGGGGGGGGGGGGGGGGGGGGGGGGGGGGGGGGGGGGGGGGGGGGGGGGGGGGGGGGGGGGGGGGGGGGGGGGGGGGGGGGGGGGGGGGGGGGGGGGGGGGGGGGGGGGGGGGGGGGGGGGGGGGGGGGGGGGGGGGGGGGGGGGGGGGGGGGGGGGGGGGGGGGGGGGGGGGGGGGGGGGGGGGGGGGGGGGGGGGGGGGGGGGGGGGGGGGGGGGGGGGGGGGGGGGGGGGGGGGGGGGGGGGGGGGGGGGGGGGGGGGGGGGGGGGGGGGGGGGGGGGGGGGGGGGGGGGGGGGGGGGGGGGGGGGGGGGGGGGGGGGGGGGGGGGGGGGGGGGGGGGGGGGGGGGGGGGGGGGGGGGGGGGGGGGGGGGGGGGGGGGGGGGGGGGGGGGGGGGGGGGGGGGGGGGGGGGGGGGGGGGGGGGGGGGGGGGGGGGGGGGGGGGGGGGGGGGGGGGGGGGGGGGGGGGGGGGGGGGGGGGGGGGGGGGGGGGGGGGGGGGGGGGGGGGGGGGGGGGGGGGGGGGGGGGGGGGGGGGGGGGGGGGGGGGGGGGGGGGGGGGGGGGGGGGGGGGGGGGGGGGGGGGGGGGGGGGGGGGGGGGGGGGGGGGGGGGGGGGGGGGGGGGGGGGGGGGGGGGGGGGGGGGGGGGGGGGGGGGGGGGGGGGGGGGGGGGGGGGGGGGGGGGGGGGGGGGGGGGGGGGGGGGGGGGGGGGGGGGGGGGGGGGGGGGGGGGGGGGGGGGGGGGGGGGGGGGGGGGGGGGGGGGGGGGGGGGGGGGGGGGGGGGGGGGGGGGGGGGGGGGGGGGGGGGGGGGGGGGGGGGGGGGGGGGGGGGGGGGGGGGGGGGGGGGGGGGGGGGGGGGGGGGGGGGGGGGGGGGGGGGGGGGGGGGGGGGGGGGGGGGGGGGGGGGGGGGGGGGGGGGGGGGGGGGGGGGGGGGGGGGGGGGGGGGGGGGGGGGGGGGGGGGGGGGGGGGGGGGGGGGGGGGGGGGGGGGGGGGGGGGGGGGGGGGGGGGGGGGGGGGGGGGGGGGGGGGGGGGGGGGGGGGGGGGGGGGGGGGGGGGGGGGGGGGGGGGGGGGGGGGGGGGGGGGGGGGGGGGGGGGGGGGGGGGGGGGGGGGGGGGGGGGGGGGGGGGGGGGGGGGGGGGGGGGGGGGGGGGGGGGGGGGGGGGGGGGGGGGGGGGGGGGGGGGGGGGGGGGGGGGGGGGGGGGGGGGGGGGGGGGGGGGGGGGGGGGGGGGGGGGGGGGGGGGGGGGGGGGGGGGGGGGGGGGGGGGGGGGGGGGGGGGGGGGGGGGGGGGGGGGGGGGGGGGGGGGGGGGGGGGGGGGGGGGGGGGGGGGGGGGGGGGGGGGGGGGGGGGGGGGGGGGGGGGGGGGGGGGGGGGGGGGGGGGGGGGGGGGGGGGGGGGGGGGGGGGGGGGGGGGGGGGGGGGGGGGGGGGGGGGGGGGGGGGGGGGGGGGGGGGGGGGGGGGGGGGGGGGGGGGGGGGGGGGGGGGGGGGGGGGGGGGGGGGGGGGGGGGGGGGGGGGGGGGGGGGGGGGGGGGGGGGGGGGGGGGGGGGGGGGGGGGGGGGGGGGGGGGGGGGGGGGGGGGGGGGGGGGGGGGGGGGGGGGGGGGGGGGGGGGGGGGGGGGGGGGGGGGGGGGGGGGGGGGGGGGGGGGGGGGGGGGGGGGGGGGGGGGGGGGGGGGGGGGGGGGGGGGGGGGGGGGGGGGGGGGGGGGGGGGGGGGGGGGGGGGGGGGGGGGGGGGGGGGGGGGGGGGGGGGGGGGGGGGGGGGGGGGGGGGGGGGGGGGGGGGGGGGGGGGGGGGGGGGGGGGGGGGGGGGGGGGGGGGGGGGGGGGGGGGGGGGGGGGGGGGGGGGGGGGGGGGGGGGGGGGGGGGGGGGGGGGGGGGGGGGGGGGGGGGGGGGGGGGGGGGGGGGGGGGGGGGGGGGGGGGGGGGGGGGGGGGGGGGGGGGGGGGGGGGGGGGGGGGGGGGGGGGGGGGGGGGGGGGGGGGGGGGGGGGGGGGGGGGGGGGGGGGGGGGGGGGGGGGGGGGGGGGGGGGGGGGGGGGGGGGGGGGGGGGGGGGGGGGGGGGGGGGGGGGGGGGGGGGGGGGGGGGGGGGGGGGGGGGGGGGGGGGGGGGGGGGGGGGGGGGGGGGGGGGGGGGGGGGGGGGGGGGGGGGGGGGGGGGGGGGGGGGGGGGGGGGGGGGGGGGGGGGGGGGGGGGGGGGGGGGGGGGGGGGGGGGGGGGGGGGGGGGGGGGGGGGGGGGGGGGGGGGGGGGGGGGGGGGGGGGGGGGGGGGGGGGGGGGGGGGGGGGGGGGGGGGGGGGGGGGGGGGGGGGGGGGGGGGGGGGGGGGGGGGGGGGGGGGGGGGGGGGGGGGGGGGGGGGGGGGGGGGGGGGGGGGGGGGGGGGGGGGGGGGGGGGGGGGGGGGGGGGGGGGGGGGGGGGGGGGGGGGGGGGGGGGGGGGGGGGGGGGGGGGGGGGGGGGGGGGGGGGGGGGGGGGGGGGGGGGGGGGGGGGGGGGGGGGGGGGGGGGGGGGGGGGGGGGGGGGGGGGGGGGGGGGGGGGGGGGGGGGGGGGGGGGGGGGGGGGGGGGGGGGGGGGGGGGGGGGGGGGGGGGGGGGGGGGGGGGGGGGGGGGGGGGGGGGGGGGGGGGGGGGGGGGGGGGGGGGGGGGGGGGGGGGGGGGGGGGGGGGGGGGGGGGGGGGGGGGGGGGGGGGGGGGGGGGGGGGGGGGGGGGGGGGGGGGGGGGGGGGGGGGGGGGGGGGGGGGGGGGGGGGGGGGGGGGGGGGGGGGGGGGGGGGGGGGGGGGGGGGGGGGGGGGGGGGGGGGGGGGGGGGGGGGGGGGGGGGGGGGGGGGGGGGGGGGGGGGGGGGGGGGGGGGGGGGGGGGGGGGGGGGGGGGGGGGGGGGGGGGGGGGGGGGGGGGGGGGGGGGGGGGGGGGGGGGGGGGGGGGGGGGGGGGGGGGGGGGGGGGGGGGGGGGGGGGGGGGGGGGGGGGGGGGGGGGGGGGGGGGGGGGGGGGGGGGGGGGGGGGGGGGGGGGGGGGGGGGGGGGGGGGGGGGGGGGGGGGGGGGGGGGGGGGGGGGGGGGGGGGGGGGGGGGGGGGGGGGGGGGGGGGGGGGGGGGGGGGGGGGGGGGGGGGGGGGGGGGGGGGGGGGGGGGGGGGGGGGGGGGGGGGGGGGGGGGGGGGGGGGGGGGGGGGGGGGGGGGGGGGGGGGGGGGGGGGGGGGGGGGGGGGGGGGGGGGGGGGGGGGGGGGGGGGGGGGGGGGGGGGGGGGGGGGGGGGGGGGGGGGGGGGGGGGGGGGGGGGGGGGGGGGGGGGGGGGGGGGGGGGGGGGGGGGGGGGGGGGGGGGGGGGGGGGGGGGGGGGGGGGGGGGGGGGGGGGGGGGGGGGGGGGGGGGGGGGGGGGGGGGGGGGGGGGGGGGGGGGGGGGGGGGGGGGGGGGGGGGGGGGGGGGGGGGGGGGGGGGGGGGGGGGGGGGGGGGGGGGGGGGGGGGGGGGGGGGGGGGGGGGGGGGGGGGGGGGGGGGGGGGGGGGGGGGGGGGGGGGGGGGGGGGGGGGGGGGGGGGGGGGGGGGGGGGGGGGGGGGGGGGGGGGGGGGGGGGGGGGGGGGGGGGGGGGGGGGGGGGGGGGGGGGGGGGGGGGGGGGGGGGGGGGGGGGGGGGGGGGGGGGGGGGGGGGGGGGGGGGGGGGGGGGGGGGGGGGGGGGGGGGGGGGGGGGGGGGGGGGGGGGGGGGGGGGGGGGGGGGGGGGGGGGGGGGGGGGGGGGGGGGGGGGGGGGGGGGGGGGGGGGGGGGGGGGGGGGGGGGGGGGGGGGGGGGGGGGGGGGGGGGGGGGGGGGGGGGGGGGGGGGGGGGGGGGGGGGGGGGGGGGGGGGGGGGGGGGGGGGGGGGGGGGGGGGGGGGGGGGGGGGGGGGGGGGGGGGGGGGGGGGGGGGGGGGGGGGGGGGGGGGGGGGGGGGGGGGGGGGGGGGGGGGGGGGGGGGGGGGGGGGGGGGGGGGGGGGGGGGGGGGGGGGGGGGGGGGGGGGGGGGGGGGGGGGGGGGGGGGGGGGGGGGGGGGGGGGGGGGGGGGGGGGGGGGGGGGGGGGGGGGGGGGGGGGGGGGGGGGGGGGGGGGGGGGGGGGGGGGGGGGGGGGGGGGGGGGGGGGGGGGGGGGGGGGGGGGGGGGGGGGGGGGGGGGGGGGGGGGGGGGGGGGGGGGGGGGGGGGGGGGGGGGGGGGGGGGGGGGGGGGGGGGGGGGGGGGGGGGGGGGGGGGGGGGGGGGGGGGGGGGGGGGGGGGGGGGGGGGGGGGGGGGGGGGGGGGGGGGGGGGGGGGGGGGGGGGGGGGGGGGGGGGGGGGGGGGGGGGGGGGGGGGGGGGGGGGGGGGGGGGGGGGGGGGGGGGGGGGGGGGGGGGGGGGGGGGGGGGGGGGGGGGGGGGGGGGGGGGGGGGGGGGGGGGGGGGGGGGGGGGGGGGGGGGGGGGGGGGGGGGGGGGGGGGGGGGGGGGGGGGGGGGGGGGGGGGGGGGGGGGGGGGGGGGGGGGGGGGGGGGGGGGGGGGGGGGGGGGGGGGGGGGGGGGGGGGGGGGGGGGGGGGGGGGGGGGGGGGGGGGGGGGGGGGGGGGGGGGGGGGGGGGGGGGGGGGGGGGGGGGGGGGGGGGGGGGGGGGGGGGGGGGGGGGGGGGGGGGGGGGGGGGGGGGGGGGGGGGGGGGGGGGGGGGGGGGGGGGGGGGGGGGGGGGGGGGGGGGGGGGGGGGGGGGGGGGGGGGGGGGGGGGGGGGGGGGGGGGGGGGGGGGGGGGGGGGGGGGGGGGGGGGGGGGGGGGGGGGGGGGGGGGGGGGGGGGGGGGGGGGGGGGGGGGGGGGGGGGGGGGGGGGGGGGGGGGGGGGGGGGGGGGGGGGGGGGGGGGGGGGGGGGGGGGGGGGGGGGGGGGGGGGGGGGGGGGGGGGGGGGGGGGGGGGGGGGGGGGGGGGGGGGGGGGGGGGGGGGGGGGGGGGGGGGGGGGGGGGGGGGGGGGGGGGGGGGGGGGGGGGGGGGGGGGGGGGGGGGGGGGGGGGGGGGGGGGGGGGGGGGGGGGGGGGGGGGGGGGGGGGGGGGGGGGGGGGGGGGGGGGGGGGGGGGGGGGGGGGGGGGGGGGGGGGGGGGGGGGGGGGGGGGGGGGGGGGGGGGGGGGGGGGGGGGGGGGGGGGGGGGGGGGGGGGGGGGGGGGGGGGGGGGGGGGGGGGGGGGGGGGGGGGGGGGGGGGGGGGGGGGGGGGGGGGGGGGGGGGGGGGGGGGGGGGGGGGGGGGGGGGGGGGGGGGGGGGGGGGGGGGGGGGGGGGGGGGGGGGGGGGGGGGGGGGGGGGGGGGGGGGGGGGGGGGGGGGGGGGGGGGGGGGGGGGGGGGGGGGGGGGGGGGGGGGGGGGGGGGGGGGGGGGGGGGGGGGGGGGGGGGGGGGGGGGGGGGGGGGGGGGGGGGGGGGGGGGGGGGGGGGGGGGGGGGGGGGGGGGGGGGGGGGGGGGGGGGGGGGGGGGGGGGGGGGGGGGGGGGGGGGGGGGGGGGGGGGGGGGGGGGGGGGGGGGGGGGGGGGGGGGGGGGGGGGGGGGGGGGGGGGGGGGGGGGGGGGGGGGGGGGGGGGGGGGGGGGGGGGGGGGGGGGGGGGGGGGGGGGGGGGGGGGGGGGGGGGGGGGGGGGGGGGGGGGGGGGGGGGGGGGGGGGGGGGGGGGGGGGGGGGGGGGGGGGGGGGGGGGGGGGGGGGGGGGGGGGGGGGGGGGGGGGGGGGGGGGGGGGGGGGGGGGGGGGGGGGGGGGGGGGGGGGGGGGGGGGGGGGGGGGGGGGGGGGGGGGGGGGGGGGGGGGGGGGGGGGGGGGGGGGGGGGGGGGGGGGGGGGGGGGGGGGGGGGGGGGGGGGGGGGGGGGGGGGGGGGGGGGGGGGGGGGGGGGGGGGGGGGGGGGGGGGGGGGGGGGGGGGGGGGGGGGGGGGGGGGGGGGGGGGGGGGGGGGGGGGGGGGGGGGGGGGGGGGGGGGGGGGGGGGGGGGGGGGGGGGGGGGGGGGGGGGGGGGGGGGGGGGGGGGGGGGGGGGGGGGGGGGGGGGGGGGGGGGGGGGGGGGGGGGGGGGGGGGGGGGGGGGGGGGGGGGGGGGGGGGGGGGGGGGGGGGGGGGGGGGGGGGGGGGGGGGGGGGGGGGGGGGGGGGGGGGGGGGGGGGGGGGGGGGGGGGGGGGGGGGGGGGGGGGGGGGGGGGGGGGGGGGGGGGGGGGGGGGGGGGGGGGGGGGGGGGGGGGGGGGGGGGGGGGGGGGGGGGGGGGGGGGGGGGGGGGGGGGGGGGGGGGGGGGGGGGGGGGGGGGGGGGGGGGGGGGGGGGGGGGGGGGGGGGGGGGGGGGGGGGGGGGGGGGGGGGGGGGGGGGGGGGGGGGGGGGGGGGGGGGGGGGGGGGGGGGGGGGGGGGGGGGGGGGGGGGGGGGGGGGGGGGGGGGGGGGGGGGGGGGGGGGGGGGGGGGGGGGGGGGGGGGGGGGGGGGGGGGGGGGGGGGGGGGGGGGGGGGGGGGGGGGGGGGGGGGGGGGGGGGGGGGGGGGGGGGGGGGGGGGGGGGGGGGGGGGGGGGGGGGGGGGGGGGGGGGGGGGGGGGGGGGGGGGGGGGGGGGGGGGGGGGGGGGGGGGGGGGGGGGGGGGGGGGGGGGGGGGGGGGGGGGGGGGGGGGGGGGGGGGGGGGGGGGGGGGGGGGGGGGGGGGGGGGGGGGGGGGGGGGGGGGGGGGGGGGGGGGGGGGGGGGGGGGGGGGGGGGGGGGGGGGGGGGGGGGGGGGGGGGGGGGGGGGGGGGGGGGGGGGGGGGGGGGGGGGGGGGGGGGGGGGGGGGGGGGGGGGGGGGGGGGGGGGGGGGGGGGGGGGGGGGGGGGGGGGGGGGGGGGGGGGGGGGGGGGGGGGGGGGGGGGGGGGGGGGGGGGGGGGGGGGGGGGGGGGGGGGGGGGGGGGGGGGGGGGGGGGGGGGGGGGGGGGGGGGGGGGGGGGGGGGGGGGGGGGGGGGGGGGGGGGGGGGGGGGGGGGGGGGGGGGGGGGGGGGGGGGGGGGGGGGGGGGGGGGGGGGGGGGGGGGGGGGGGGGGGGGGGGGGGGGGGGGGGGGGGGGGGGGGGGGGGGGGGGGGGGGGGGGGGGGGGGGGGGGGGGGGGGGGGGGGGGGGGGGGGGGGGGGGGGGGGGGGGGGGGGGGGGGGGGGGGGGGGGGGGGGGGGGGGGGGGGGGGGGGGGGGGGGGGGGGGGGGGGGGGGGGGGGGGGGGGGGGGGGGGGGGGGGGGGGGGGGGGGGGGGGGGGGGGGGGGGGGGGGGGGGGGGGGGGGGGGGGGGGGGGGGGGGGGGGGGGGGGGGGGGGGGGGGGGGGGGGGGGGGGGGGGGGGGGGGGGGGGGGGGGGGGGGGGGGGGGGGGGGGGGGGGGGGGGGGGGGGGGGGGGGGGGGGGGGGGGGGGGGGGGGGGGGGGGGGGGGGGGGGGGGGGGGGGGGGGGGGGGGGGGGGGGGGGGGGGGGGGGGGGGGGGGGGGGGGGGGGGGGGGGGGGGGGGGGGGGGGGGGGGGGGGGGGGGGGGGGGGGGGGGGGGGGGGGGGGGGGGGGGGGGGGGGGGGGGGGGGGGGGGGGGGGGGGGGGGGGGGGGGGGGGGGGGGGGGGGGGGGGGGGGGGGGGGGGGGGGGGGGGGGGGGGGGGGGGGGGGGGGGGGGGGGGGGGGGGGGGGGGGGGGGGGGGGGGGGGGGGGGGGGGGGGGGGGGGGGGGGGGGGGGGGGGGGGGGGGGGGGGGGGGGGGGGGGGGGGGGGGGGGGGGGGGGGGGGGGGGGGGGGGGGGGGGGGGGGGGGGGGGGGGGGGGGGGGGGGGGGGGGGGGGGGGGGGGGGGGGGGGGGGGGGGGGGGGGGGGGGGGGGGGGGGGGGGGGGGGGGGGGGGGGGGGGGGGGGGGGGGGGGGGGGGGGGGGGGGGGGGGGGGGGGGGGGGGGGGGGGGGGGGGGGGGGGGGGGGGGGGGGGGGGGGGGGGGGGGGGGGGGGGGGGGGGGGGGGGGGGGGGGGGGGGGGGGGGGGGGGGGGGGGGGGGGGGGGGGGGGGGGGGGGGGGGGGGGGGGGGGGGGGGGGGGGGGGGGGGGGGGGGGGGGGGGGGGGGGGGGGGGGGGGGGGGGGGGGGGGGGGGGGGGGGGGGGGGGGGGGGGGGGGGGGGGGGGGGGGGGGGGGGGGGGGGGGGGGGGGGGGGGGGGGGGGGGGGGGGGGGGGGGGGGGGGGGGGGGGGGGGGGGGGGGGGGGGGGGGGGGGGGGGGGGGGGGGGGGGGGGGGGGGGGGGGGGGGGGGGGGGGGGGGGGGGGGGGGGGGGGGGGGGGGGGGGGGGGGGGGGGGGGGGGGGGGGGGGGGGGGGGGGGGGGGGGGGGGGGGGGGGGGGGGGGGGGGGGGGGUGGGGGGGGGGGGGGGGGGGGGGGGGGGGGGGGGGGGGGGGGGGGGGGGGGGGGGGGGGGGGGGGGGGGGGGGGGGGGGGGGGGGGGGGGGGGGGGGGGUGGGGGGGGGGGGGGGGGGGGGGGGGGGGGGGGGGGGGGGGGGGGGGGGGGGGGGGGGGGGGGGGGGGGGGGGGGGGGGGGGGGGGGGGGGGGGGGGGGGGGGGGGGGGGGGGGGGGGGGGGGGGGGGGGGGGGGGGGGGGGGGGGGGGGGGGGGGGGGGGGGGGGGGGGGGGGGGGGGGGGGGGGGGGGGGGGGGGGGGGGGGGGGGGGGGGGGGGGGGGGGGGGGGGGGGGGGGGGGGGGGGGGGGGGGGGGGGGGGGGGGGGGGGGGGGGGGGGGGGGGGGGGGGGGGGGGGGGGGGGGGGGGGGGGGGGGGGGGGGGGGGGGGGGGGGGGGGGGGGGGGGGGGGGGGGGGGGGGGGGGGGGGGGGGGGGGGGGGGGGGGGGGGGGGGGGGGGGGGGGGGGGGGGGGGGGGGGGGGGGGGGGGGGGGGGGGGGGGGGGGGGGGGGGGGGGGGGGGGGGGGGGGGGGGGGGGGGGGGGGGGGGGGGGGGGGGGGGGGGGGGGGGGGGGGGGGGGGGGUGGGGGGGGGGGGGGGGGGGGGGGGGGGGGGGGGGGGGGGGGGGGGGGGGGGGGGGGGGGGGGGGGGGGGGGGGGGGGGGUGGUUUUGGGAGGUGGUGUUUGAUUUUUGUGGGGGGUGGGUUGGUUUAA